AUGGCGGAUCAUUGUGCGCUCCGCCUGAUUCGGGAGCUGAAGCAGCUGCAGAGCAGUGACCAGCUCGCCAUUGCAGUGCAUUUCAAAGAAGAGAACAUAUGCGACAUCACAGCUCUCCUGGUCGGACCCCCGGGGACCCCCUACGAGCUUGGCUUUUACGAGUUUGCUAUCAAGGUUCCAUCUAGCUACCCGGCCAAGCCUCCGAUGGUCACGAUCAAAACGACAGACCAUGGCUGCACGCGGUUCGGCCCUAACCUCUACGCUACUGGGAAAGUCUGCUUGUCAAUCAUUGGAACAUGGCAUGGAUCAAGAGGAGAAGAGUGGUCGCCCGCUCAGGGACUUGAGUCGGUUUUGCUGUCCAUCCAAAGUCUCUUGUCAGCAAAUCCAUACACCAACGAACCGGGAUUUGAACAAGCCAGUGGGGCAACGGAUCACACCCUCAUGGAAAAUUACAAUGCCAAGAUUCGACAUGAAAACCUGCGAUUGGCAGUGAUCGCGCCGCUCGAAAGAGCAUUUGGCAAUGUGCCUGUCAUAUCCCAGCAAUCCUACAUAUCGGACAGAUCCCAGGUCCAGGAUGAAGGAAAAAGGACCAGUCGUGAACCGGAGACGGAUGACAUACCCACGAGCCCCUUUGAUGACUAUCGCAAGCAGCGGUUUCUCUGGUAUUAUGAUUUGUACCAAAAUAACAUUGAAGCGGGCAUCCUCGACGAGGAGAUACACCACAAGGUAUUUCCCUUGAUGCAGUUCGAGGCUCGAGGAAAUGCUAUGGAGGGCAGAUGGAGUUAUCCUGAUCUGAAAAAGCGCCUGCAGUGGCUUCAGGACAAGGUGCUCGAAGAAACCCACAGCUGGCCUGCCGAGGGCUUGGACCUGGAGAAGAAGGAUGCCGGGAUCGCAGUCAACUUGCGUGGCCAUCACGAGCAGAUCGUGUCGAAUCUCCGCCAUUACACCGCGUCCAUGGUGGAUCUGACUCUGGUGAACGGCAACCCCUUUCUUUGGAAGCUUACCUACUUCGGCCGACCGAUGAGCAAGCUCGACGGUGGUGUGUUCAACAUCAAAAUCUACAUUAGUCCCCGUCAUCCAGCUGAGCAGCCGCGGGUCUUUGUCGAGACGCCGCUUUACCACAUCCGUGUAUCGCGACUGGGGGUGUUAAUCUACACCCCUUCGCGCGCUGACGAGAUGAGUCGUCAUAUUGAGGGUAUUAUAAACGCCCUGGAAGACGAGAACCCGCCGUACAACCCGCUCAUGACGGUACACCCGGAGGCGACGAAGCUUUGCUGGGGUUCGGAUCAGGAGCGCAGGCAGUAUCGGACCAAGCUCCGUCGAUCGGUUGAGAAAAGCGCUGAGUGA